AUGGUAUGCUACGUGGUCUGCCUCUUAUCAUCGUUUUUCAAUAUUGACGCACUCCUAGGAAUGAAACUCCCCGCGGUGGGCUUGGGAACGUGGCAAGGCACAAACAAUGAGAAAUCCAAGGAAGAAUUGCGUGACUCAAUCAUCCACGCCCUCCACAACGGCUACCGUCUCAUCGACACAGCCCAAUACUACUUCGUCGAGCCAGUAGUCGGAGACGCAGUACGAAACUCAGGCGUCCCUCGCAGCGAGAUGACAGUGAUAACCAAGUUCUGGAGUGAAUGGCAUCACAACCCAGCCGAGGCGUUGCAAAAGUCCCUUGAUGCCCUGGGACUGGACUACAUCGAUAUCUUCCUCAUGCACUGGCCUUGUGCUGCGGCACCUGAUGGACGAGCUCUGCGAAUCGAUGAGUCUCCUACGUUUGCAGAGACAUGGAAGAUGAUGGAAAAAUGUGUCGGAGGUAGGUGCAGGGCUAUUGGAGUGAGCAACUUUACGCAGAAGACGCUGGAUGUGUUGCUUUCUGAGGCGACUAUCGUUCCCGUGGUCAACCAGGUCGAGUUGCAUGCACUUAAUCCUAAUCUCAAAUUGGUUCCGUAUUGCCAGGAAAAAGGAAUCCAGGUCAUGAGUUGGAGUACGAUGGGCGGCGGCGCCGAGUACGCAACACGCGCCAAUGAGAUUCUAACGCAUCCGCUAUUCAAGCGAAUCGCGGCUAAUCAUCAAUGUUCGACUGGGGUCUUAUCGCUAUCAUGGGCGGUGCAGCGAGGAAUAUGCGUGAUUCCCAAGAGCAGCUCAUUGUCCCGGGUUGAGGAGAAUAUCAAACUCGUGACUCUGACUCCGGACGAGAUGACAAAGAUGAACGAGGCCCAUACCACUAUUGGCCGACUACGUAUUGCUGAUCACAUCCCCGGGCUCCGGAAGCCAAUGGACGGCAAGCAGACGAUUCUUGGGUGGACGGUACAAGACUUUGGUUGGGAAGACGCAGAUAGAAAUUGGCUGACAUAG